CGGCGGCGGGGGGCCGGGCUCGGGGCGAAGCAUGGUGGACAGCGUCUACCGGACCCGCUCCCUGGGGGUGGCGGCCGAGGGGCUGCCCGACCAGUACGCGGACGGGGAGGCGGCCCGGGUGUGGCAGCUGUACAUCGGGGACACCCGCAGCCGCACGGCCGAGUACAAGGCCUGGCUGCUCGCCCUGCUGCGCCAACACGACUGCCGCCGAGUCCUCGACGUGGCCUGCGGCACCGGCGUGGACUCCAUCAUGCUGGUGGAGGAGGGCUUCACCGUGACCAGCGUGGAUGCCAGCGACAAGAUGUUGAAGUACGCCCUGAAGGAGCGCUGGAACCGGCGGCACGAGCCUGCCUUUGACAAGUGGGUCAUCGAGGAGGCCAACUGGCUGACGCUGGACAAGGAUGUGCCACGGCCCGGUGCUGGCUUUGAUGCCGUCAUUUGCCUGGGCAACAGCUUUGCCCACCUGCCCGACAUUAAAGGGGACCAGAGCGAUCACAAGCGGGCGCUGCAGAACAUCGCGGGCAUGGUGCGGCCUGGGGGGGUCAUGGUGAUCGAUCACAGGAACUAUGACCACAUUCUCAGCACCGGUUGUGCCCCCCCCGGAAAGAACAUCUACUACAAGAGUGACUUGACCAAAGACAUCACCACGUCGGUGCUGCUGGUGAACAACGCCGCUCACAUGGUGACUCUGGACUACACGGUGCAGGUGCCCGGGGCUGGGCACGACGGCAGCCCGGGCAUGAGUUCUGCCCUCCCGCAUGUGGCUACAGCGAGGGGCUGCCCUGCCCCUGACACCAGGCCUUCCUCCCCACCGCAGCAAGUUCCGCCUGUCAUACUACCCGCACCGCCUGGUGCCCUUCACGGAGCUGCUCCGCGAGGCUUUUGGCGGCAAGUGCCAGCACAGCGUCCUGGGUGACUUCAAACCUUACCAGCCGGGCCAGGACCACACGCCCUGCUACUUCAUUCACGUGCUGAAGAGGACCAACUGAGACCCCGGCCCCACCCGUCCCGUCCUAGAGAGUGAAGGCGUGGGGGCGGAGGGUGAAUCUUGGCUCCGCUACGGGCUCACUUCUGUCAGCUCCCGUUUCAGGAAAUUUGAUGCUCCCAGCCUCA